CCUGCCGGGCCGGGCCGGGCGGGUGGAGCCGGGCAUCCAGGCUGCUGGAGCGAUCGCAGCCCGAGCCGGGGCCGGGGCCGGGGCCAGAGCCGGGCCCGCCCGAGGCCAGCUCGGUCCCCCAGGCCCGAGCCAUGUCGGCCCCUCGCGGCGGCUUCUACCGACAGGAGCUUAACAAGACGCUGUGGGAGGUCCCCGAGCGCUUCCAGAGCCUGAGCCCCGUGGGCUCGGGGGCCUACGGCUCAGUCUGCUCGGCAUAUGAUACCCGCACUCGGCAAAAAGUAGCUGUGAAGAAACUGUCCCGUCCCUUCCAGUCGUUGGUCCACGCCAGGAGGACGUACCGGGAGCUACGGCUGCUGAAGCACAUGAAACAUGAAAAUGUCAUCGGCCUCCUGGAUGUCUUCACGCCAGCCACAUCUAUAGAAAACUUCAACGAAGUGUACCUCGUGACCACCCUGAUGGGGGCUGACCUGAACAACAUUGUCAGGUGCCAGAAGCUAACUGAUGAACAUAUCCAGUUCCUGGCAUACCAGCUGCUGCGGGGGCUGAAGUACAUCCACUCGGCCGGAAUCAUCCACAGAGACCUGAAACCCAGUAACCUGGCUGUGAAUGAGGACUGCGAGCUGAGGAUCUUGGACUUCGGGCUGGCCCGCCAGACAGAUGAUGAGAUGACAGGCUACGUUGCCACGCGCUGGUAUCGCGCCCCUGAGAUCAUGCUCAACUGGAUGCAUUACAACCAGACAGGUAAAGGCAAGACAGUGUUUCACGUGGGGGAGAAGGUAAACCCAGGGGGCAGAUAAUUAAACAUCCUCUGGGCCGGACCUCUAGUUUCAUUGCUCUGGAAGACUCCCAGGGGAGAAAAAUCUCCUUGCCUCCACCCUCCCCAGGCUCGAAAAUACAUUGAGUCCCUGCCCCACAUGCCCCAGAAGGACCUGAGAAGCAUCUUCCGAGGAGCCAACCCCCUUGCCGUGGACCUGCUGGAGAAGAUGCUGGUCCUGGACAGUGACCGGCGGGUCAGCGCCACGGAGGCCCUGGCACACCCCUACUUUGCCCAAUACCACGAUCCCGAGGAUGAGCCCGAGGCAGAGCCCUAUGACGAGAGCAUCGAGAACAAAGAAAGGACCAUUGAGGAGUGGAAGGAGCUCACCUACGAAGAGGUCAUCAGCUUCAAGGCCCCCGAGCUGCCGAUGGACGGCCUGGAGAUUGAGCCGUGAGGUGGCCGGGGAGGGGGGCCAAAGGCACCGCCCAGGCAGGGCCCGGCCCACGCCCGGCUUCACCCAUCCCAGAGGGCGCAGAGCGGACUCAGGAAGCAGGCCCUUGCCCCGCUCCAGGGCAAGCUCAUUCCCUGGGGCCAGGGUGGGCUCUUCCCCUGGACCGCAGGACAGUUAUGGAUAAACAAGGAUAAAGGAUGCCGGAGGCUUUCAGCCUGCUACUCCCAAGGACUCAGGAAGAGCAGUGACGUGGCUACAAGGGGGUGCAGCCCCCCCUCCCCCCCGUUCUCUAGCAGACUUUGGGAGCCAGGGUGGGGGGAGAGGCCGAGGAAGGGGUCCUCUCUGGGCUGGAGCCUGGGCCAGCCAGGGAAGAUCUCUAGCUUCUCUGGCCUGGACGUGGGGGGGCAGGGUGGGGGGGCCAUGGUUGGCGGCUGGGGGGUGUUUGAACGAGGACGCAUUUAAGGGAUGAAACUAGGCAGGCUGUGAGUGUGGACGGGCGAGGGGGGAGGCGGGUCACCCUGCUUAGGGAGCACACCAAAGGGUUGGACAAAGCCCAGGGGAGGACCGUUGGGGUGCUUCAGGGGCCCCCUCCAAUCAGGAGGAACUGAGGCAAACACCCCCAGUCUGGAGAAGGGGAGCUCGGGGCGACUGGCUACCCUGUGCAUGCCCGGGGAAGGAGGCGGUGGUCCGGAGGCCCAAGGAGCCAGAUUCAGCUCCUUGUGAGAAUGAGCCAAAGUGACCCAGACAGGAACAAGCUCCUGGGGAUCCUCAGGCUGCUGACCGCUCUCCCGCCCCCUCCACAAGCACAUUAACACACACACACGCGUGCACACACAGACACACGGAUCCUGGGGGGGGGGGGGGGGGGGGGGGAGGGGAGAGCUGAUGUUGGCCGACAAAAGCCAAGAGAUCAUGGCAAGCCCUAGAGCUCUGGGCCGAGUGAGUGAGAUAAAAUGUCACCAGAGAAAAAUUUUGUCUGAAGGGGAUCUGGGGGUCUCAGUGACUACAAGCUAACAUGAAAAGCCACUGGGUUUUCAGCCUGAGUUCAGACUAAUGGUGGCCAGGAGCAGGGAGGGGAGGCUCCUGAUAUUCUCUGCUUUGAUCAGGCUUCCUCCGGGUUCAGUCCUGGGCACCCAUUCUCAGGAAGGAAACCAGGGUGGCAAGGGUUCAUUUGGAAGGUCCUGGGACCUUGGAGAUGACGGAUCAUGAGGACAGCCUCCUUCUGCUUAGUCCCGGGAGGCAGAGCCAGAAACAGUGGGUGAUAAAGUGGAAAAAAAAACAAACACCUUUUAAUUGGAAAAAAGGAAAAUCAUCCAGUUUUCCCAUGAGAAGUAGUGAGAUCCCCAUCGCCCAAUAGGCUCAGUGACCACUUAUCAGGAAUAUUCUUGUUCAGUUUUGAGUUGGACUAGAGGGUGAUUCAAGUGCCUACGUGGGUGUGUGGGUUCUGACGGUGAGCGAGGCCCUCAGGACUCUGUCGGGGGGAGACAGGACACCCCGUUUUAUAGUGGGAGCACCACUUUUGGUGGCUUAGGGGAGGAGCUGCAUUCCCCCACCCCCAUAGGCUCCCUUCCUCCAGGAGAGUCCCUGGAUUGAAAAGUCACUCAGAUACCUGCUGAAGAAGAGGGACCAAGACCCAAGAAAAUAGAUUUGUGGGUUUGGGGUCCUAGCCUCUUCCAGGGGCGGGGAGGAUGGGGCCAGCUGGGCCCCGUCAGAACUAGGGAAGGGAAAGCCAGCUGUUCCCAUUUCUCUAGCUUUCACCACCCAC